AUUGUCAAACUGGCAGUUGAAUUAAAAGAUGGCGGUGGCUCUGUCACCCGAUCAAGAAUUGGCGACGAAAGCGUUUUUGGACACGUUGAGCGAGGCGGGUGCUGCCUGUGUGUCUCGAGCGACAGCGAUCAAGUUUCUACUCGCGCGCAAGUUCGAUGUGGACCGUGCAUUCGCUCUUUGGAGGCAACACGAGGCUACGAGACGCCGCGAGGGGCUCAGCAAGUUCGAGCCUUUCGAGGACCCCCUCAGGACAGAACUUGAAACUGGAAAAUUUACUAUAUUGCCUACACGAGAUGCAACUGGAGCGGCUAUUGCAGUGUUCACGGCCAACAAACAUUUCCCCACACAGACUACACAUCAAACGACGUUACAGGGCGUGGUGUAUCAAUUGGACGUGGCGCUCCAGUCGCUGGAGACGCAGCGAGCCGGUCUUGUCUUCAUUUACGACAUGACAGAUUCAAAAUAUACGAACUUCGAUUAUGAGUUGUCACGUAAAAUUCUCACCAUGCUCAAGGGCGGUUACCCGGCAAAGUUGAAAAAGGUGCUUAUAGUGACGGCGCCGCUCUGGUUCAAAGCGCCUUUUGGUAUUCUUCGGUUGUUUGUCCGCGAGAAGCUGCGCGAGCGCGUACACACGGUUAGCGCGCCGCAGCUGGGCGUGCACGUGCCGCGCGCGAGCCUGCCCAAGCAACUGGGAGGACAUCUGGAGACUGAUCACGCCGCCUGGUUGGAGCACUGUAAAAAUUGCUACACAAACCAUCUCCAAGCAUCCAAGUUGGACGGCAUCAUUGACGAAUAUGUAAUCAGUAAUCACAUACCAGUGGUCAAGCCACAAAAUGGUAUAAUAGAGCACGAGGUCGCAUGUGACAUGACCAGUGAUCGCACGGCCCGGCUCGGUGACAACGGCACAGACAUGCACAUCAGUGGCGACCCGCCAUACACAUGCGACGCCAACCCGCUCAGGCACACACACGGGUACAAUGGAGAUGUGAAGGGCAGGCAUAUAAACUCAGGGGAUGAAGACGAUUUAGAUUUAAGCACUCGCGGUACGUGGUCGUCGGGCGAGGGCUCCCCGGGGCUGUCGGACGAGGAGAGCGGCGCGGCGGGCGGCGGCGAGAGCGCGGCGGCGCUGCUGGCGCGGGUGCGCGCGCUCGGCCGCCGCGGCCUGCACGCGGAGUACGACGACAUCCGCGCGCGCGCGCCCGCCGGCACCUUCCACCACGCCAAAUUGCCGAGUAAUCUAGCCAAGAACCGUUACACAGACGUGUUGUGCUACGACCACUCGCGGGUGUUACUGUCGCAGUCGGAUCCUGAUGACCCUUCUACGGACUACAUUAACGCCAACUACGUUGACGGGUACAAACAGAAAAAUGCCUUCAUAUGCACACAAGGUCCACUGCCGAAGACGUUUGGCGACUUCUGGCGCAUGGUGUGGGAGCAGGGCACGGUGGUGGUGGUGAUGACGACGCGCGCCGUGGAGCGCGGCCGCGUCAAGUGCGGACAGUACUGGCCGCUGACCGCCGGCGGACGCGCGCUCUACGGGAACAUCGCCGUCACCACCGAGGCCGUCGACCAGGAGGACGACUACAUCGUCUCGCACCUACUACUCACCGACGUCAGGACGGAGCAGAGCCGGCGCGUGUGGCACGGACAGUACACGCGGUGGCCCGACUACGGCGUGCCGGGCGGCGGCCGCGCGGCGCCCGUGCUGCGCUUCCUGCAGCGCGUGCGACGCGCGCAGCACCUCGCGCUCGCCGACCUCGGAGACGCGUGGGCGGGUCACAGUAGAGGGCCGCCAAUCGUCGUACACUGUUCAGCUGGAAUAGGCCGAACUGGCACGUUCCUGACGCUGGACGUGUGCGCGCUGCGACUGGCGCACGAGGGCGCGGUGGACGUGCGCGGCACGGUGGAGCGCGUGCGGGCGCAGCGCGCUCACUCCAUACAGAUGCCCGACCAGUACGUCUUCUGUCACCUCGCCAUCCUUGAGUAUGCGGUAAUGCAAGGCUAUUUGGAAUCGGCCGACUUGUCUGGAUUCGACGAAGAGAACGACGACGAGUCAGAAUGAAGACUGUCGCGGCCUUUGUGCGUCUGUUUGUAAGACGCGACCCCGCGAACCCGUGACCUGGCCGCCGGCCGUCAGCCCGCAUCCGGCGGCGCAGUGUACAGUGAGCGAGUGACGAGUUAUAGCCACAUUGAUAACAAACCACCAAACAUACAAACCCGUGUCAUAGGAUCUCAGUUCUACAGACCAAAGAUCGCGCGCAUCGUACAGUGCUACCGUUCCACGUCUACCCGCCAUGGUAUUGCACAAACGAGAGAUGUGUUCAUUAGAAUAGUGUAAGUGAGGGACAGUGUCAUGGUAACUAAUCGGAGCAUGGUCACUCAUCACACAGUUACAAUAUACGAAUAAUAUAACACAUUACGUCAGCGAUUCAAUGUCUGUCGGAUCGGAGCCCGCCCGUAGUAUAAGCGAUAGUGAAAUCAUUAUAAAACAAUGUUCCUGUAGAGUGAAUAAGAACUGAAUUCGGAACAAACUUUGGAAGGCAACCUCUUAAUUCAAGUAUUUAUUUUUUAUAUUUAUAAAAUUCUUUGUAACCAAAAAUAUUUUCCAUAAAUUACUUAAGAAUUAUUUAUGUAAGAAGUAUGGCUGUGUGAAGAUUUUCGUCGAUAAUUUAUGUAGUUAUGUAUGUUUACAUUUUAUUUCAAUGAAAUUGUAUGCCUCUAAUAGUAUGAAUAUAGUAAUUUUUAUAUAAAUAUAUUUUUAUCACUAACAAAAUUUCACAAAUUUGAUACUAUUUUAUAUGUUGAGGUGCUGGUACGAUAUUUUAUAUUGCGUAAAGGAAAUGUCUCACAACUCCUAUUCAUUGUUCACUUGCAAUCACCGCGAUGUGGUGUGUGCAUUUAUUAAUAUUGCUAAUUAUUCGUCAGUAUUAUAUGCACUGAAACAUCUAGAUAUCACUACAAAUAUCAUACGAAUAAUUUUUAUAUCGAUAGACUGAGUAAAAGUUAUAAUGCUCCAAAAUUAUAAUUUUACACUAGCAGUUCGCAUUAUGAAAAUAUGACUGAAUCAUACGUUUAUAUUAAAGUAAUUGAACAUGAGCACCAAUAAAUUAACGCCUGUAAUAAAAAACAAAGUUAUAUUUACUACUAGUGAAAUAUUAUGGAUUUAUAGCAAAAUGACUAUUUUUCAAAUAUAUGUUGCUACAUAUCUCGUAGAUAUUUCAAAAAGCAUAGUAUGAAGAAUCACCGUCCUGUCACGCUAUAUACAUAUCGCCGUAUAUUUAAAACUAUUUUCAUUUAUGUGCUCUCUAUAAAAACACACAUUUAGACUGUAUUUAUGCUCUCCAUUGUUAAAAAUUAUGGAGCAUAUCCACUAUAAAUUUUAAAUCUCGAUUCAAACUAAAAUAUUCUCAGUCUUAGAGUAUAUUUAUCCGUAAUGUGUAUUUUAUUACUCUAGUUCUUCAUUAUGCUGUGGUCGCUACAAAUGUUGUGUAUACGGCAAUGGACUGAAAAUAAAUCUGGACGUGGCUAACUAGCAUAUUUUCUUAUAUACUAUAAAAUUAAGGAAAUUGUUAAACUGAAUUAACUGUUGAUUCUGUAUCUGUAAAUAUUUUUUUUGUUAAAUCUAAAUGAAACCCCCUUGUGAAAUAUUGUGUGAAAUAAAAA